AUGGGUGCAGUGGAGCAGAGUGGUGCGGGUAGCCAGACCUCCCCCUCACAGGAACACCAGCCCGCGGCAGUCGGUCUCCCUCACCAGCCAAUCACCGCCAUCACCAAAUCCGGAGAGAAAUACGCCGCAGAAAUGUCAACGACCACUACCAUGCGAUCCGACACCUUCAGCAGCCAAUCAGCUGCCAGCAGGCACCAGACAGAGACUGUUAGUCAAACAGUGCGACAGUCAGAGUGGAAUACCGGCACCAGCAAGACCACCUCUUCCAGUAGUUACUCAGUGUCCAGUGAUGUCCGCGCUCCAUCCAGUGUCCUUGACCUUUAUCCAGAGGCAGGCAGCAAGCCCCGCUCCCCUCCUCCCACCAUCCCUCGGCAGGGUGAGAAACGGCCCCUCCUGAUGAGGUCACAGACCCUACCCAGGACGAGCGGACCCCAGGCCAGGAAGGCUCUCUUCGAGAAGUUCGAACAGGAAGGCACCAAGGGCAAAGUCGGAGUGUCUAAGGUAAAACUUCAAAGAUCACAAAGUUUCGGUGUUGCAAGUGCAAGUAGCAUCAAACAGAUCCUCCUGGAAUGGUGUCGUUCCAAGACCAUUGGAUACAAGAUGAUUGAUAUCCAGAACUUCUCAUCGAGUUGGAGCAAUGGGAUGGCGUUCUGUGCUCUCGUCCACUCGUUCUUCCCAGAAGCCUUUGACUACAAUGAGCUCAGCCCCAACAACCGCAAGCAGAAUUUUGAGCUUGCGUUUGGGACGGCAGAGAAGUUGGCUCAUUGUGACAGGCUGAUUGAAGUGGAGGACAUGAUGGUGAUGGGGAAUAAACCAGACCCGAUGUGUGUGUUCACCUACGUGCAGUCCCUCUACAACCACCUACGACGCUUCGAGUAAAGGUCACUUCAUCAGGACUGGGGCUGGAGAUGUACGAUAUGCCCAGUGCCUCACCCACACCCGUCCUGGCAUUGUCCCUGGCGUGGUGGGGUGGGCACAGUCAGCCACAAUGUCUCCCAGUAAACAGGAAGCACAGACACCAUCGGCAAAUGCAAACUGCCCAAUUAUCAGUGUUCACAGCAGAUUUAUAAUGGCCACUGACACAGAUGUAGCAGCUCACCUAAGAUUCAAAUAAAAGAUUUUACUUGUA